AUGGUUAGCCAAAGGCAGCGACUUGCUCGGAAGCGAUUCAAAGCGGAGCACCCUGAACUGUUUCCCAAUCCCGAGCCCACACCCCCGAAAGAUCCUAACAAGAAGAAGAAGAAGAGUAGUGCGUUCAAGCGCAAAAGGGCCGAGUCCAAACCCGGCUCCUGGAAGAAACACCCACUUAGAGUUCCCGGCAUGAAGCCCGGCGAGAGCUGCUUCAUCUGCAAGGCCAAAGAUCACAUCGCCAAGCUCUGUCCCGAAAAGGUUGAAUGGGAAAAAAACAAGAUAUGUUUGCGGUGUCGUCGACGUGGUCAUAGAGCUAAGAACUGCCCUGAGGUGCAAGAGGCCGCCAAGGAUGUCAAAUAUUGCUAUAACUGUGGGGAAACUGGUCACUCUCUAACACUGUGUCCGCACCCCCUCCAGGAAGGAGGGACAAAGUUUGCUGAGUGCUUUGUCUGUAACCAACGUGGACACUUGAGUAAAAACUGUCCUCAAAAUACUCAUGGCAUUUAUCCAAAGGGUGGUUGCUGUAAAAUAUGUGGUGGUGUCACACAUUUGGCAAAAGAUUGUCCCGACAAAGGAAGGCAAGGAUCUGGUGCUGCUAAUGGCCCUGUUGGUAGAUCAACGAGAAUUGAAGAGAGGUCCAGGGGCAAGGUUACCAAAUUUAUUAGCGGGGAUGAUAUUGAGGAUGACUUCAUGGUAGAUGACAUACAUAGUGGCAACAAUAACAAGUCAGCAAAGUCAGAAGAUGAAAUUGCAAAACCAAAGAAGAAGGAUCCUAAAGUUUCUGAUGCUAUGACUGUGACCGAUAGCCAUGACGGCACGCUGAGCCAGAUCUCUGACAGUAAGCAGUGCAGAGAGGGGGAGAAUCCUCAAACGCUCACUUCUCCGGAACAUGGAGGCACUGAUAAAAGGAAGAAAAAGAGAAAGAAGAGAAACGACGAAUCAAACGAACAGUCCCAGAUUGAGGUAUGCCCUAAACCCUUAGUAGACUUACUGUUGUUUCAAGAGGAAAAUGGUGUAGCCGCUCUAGAUAAUCCUAAUCCAAUCUACAAUAAGAAGAAAACUAAAAAUUUGCAUGGUGAACAACAGCUUCACCCAUCUAACUCUUCAAUUGGGAUUUGUGUGGUAUCUGAUGACACGCAGGGGGAAGAAGCACGACAAGGUGAUGCUAAUGGGAAUAGGGGUUUGUGCCCUAAUCCCUUAGUGGACAGACCAAUCCCAAUUGCUCCACGAGAGGAAAAUGGUGAGGCUACUGCACAGAAUCAUUGCUCAAUCCCCAAGAAGAAGAAGAGCUUGCCAGUUGCUGAACAGAUAUGUGACUCUUCAAUCCUGAUAGGUGUGGAACCUGGUUUUACGAGGGAAAAGGGAUCACGACAAGGUGAUGCCAAUGGGAAUGGGAUUUUGUGCCCUAAACCCGUAGUUACACUAAAUCCAAUUGUUUCUCAUGAGGAAAAUGCUAAAGCAACUGCACAGGACCAUAACUCAAUCCUUAAGAAGACUUUGCCAGGUGCUGAACAGAUAUGUGACUCUUCAAUCCUGAUAGGUGUGGAACCUGGUUUUACGAAGGAAAAGGGAUCACGACAGGGUGAUGCCAAUGGGAAUGGGGUUUUGUGCCCUAAACCCGUAGUUACACUAAAUCCAAUUGUUUCUCAUGAGGAAAAUGCUAAAGCAACUGCACAGGACGAUAACUCAAUCCUUAAGAAGAAGACUUUGCUAGGUGCUGAACAAUUAUGUGACCCUGGUGAUAAUGGGAAUGAGGGUUUUUGCCCGAAAACCUCAGUAGACACACAGCUCCCAAUUGUUCCCCGUGAGGAAAGUGCUGAAGCAACUGCACAGAACCCUACUCCAAACCCCAAGAAGAAGAGGAAGAGGAAGAAGAAGAAGAAGAGUUUGCGAGGUGCAGAGCAAAUGUGUGAUCCUUCCGUCCAAAUAGGUGUGGAACUUGAUGUUAGGCGGGAGGAAAGAGAACAACAAGGUUCUGAAACAAGUACACAGAACCCUAACGCAACUCCCAAGAGAAAGAGGAGGAAUAAUGUGGAAAAUGAACUACAGCAACUUCAGACAUGCGACCCUUCAAUCCCGAUCUAUGUAGAACCUGAAGUUAAAAAGGGAGAAGGAGCACAUCGAGGUGAUGCUAAUGAAGCUGGAAUAUCAGGAAUAAAUGAAGAACGCCUUGUACCUGAUGCUACAGCCCCAGAAAACACGCACUGGAAAAAUGAUUCCUCCGGGAAAAAGGAGAAAGUGUUUAAGCCUGACUGUUCUCAACCUGAAGUGGUACUCCAGUUAGACACAGCAACCCCUUCUGACCUAGAACUUAAACAAAAGGCACAACCGAUUGAAGCUAAGAUAGAGUAUCCUCAAACGAGUUUACGUGCACAACACACUCAACCUCAACCUUCUUCUAACCAUGCACCUGCUGUUCGAGGAAUAAAUGAAGAAUGCCCUGCACCUGAUCCAGCACCCCUGGAGCACACUCAUCAGAAAAAGAGGACGAGGAAAAAGAAGAGUGUGCUUAAUCUCCCACGGGUUGAACUACAACUAGAACCAGAACCAAAACCAAAGGAGUCCAAUAAUACAGAGCACCCUCAACAAUGUACGCCCUAUUUAGAACUGAAAGUUAUGGUAAAAAUAGGUGCAGAAGCCAAUGUAGACCACUCUCAAGUGUGUCCUCAACCUGAAUUGGCUCCCCCAUUAGAUAUAACAACUCCUAAUGUCACAGUGGUGGAAAAAAGGGUAGAACUAACUGAAGCUAAUGUGGAGAAUCCUCAAGCAUGUUCUAAACCUGAAUUAGCAUCCCUGAUAGAUCUUCCAGCUCCAACAGGCCCAGAAAAGAAACAACAGGCAUAUCCUAUCAAAAUCCCAGAAAAACAUACUCAACUCCCCAAAUCUCAACCUUGUGCAGAGCCUCUGGUCGAUUCAACAACUCCAAUUGAUCUAGGCAGAAGAGAACAUACAAAUAAGAGGGUAAUAGAAAAAAUAAUGUGCUCAGAAGAGAAGGUGGGAAACCAUGGAAGCCCAUUACAUAUGGACAUAACCCUCAACCUGGCCCCAGACCCGGGACAGCAAGACCCAGCAUCCUCAUUAAGCUCACAACCUGUAUCCCUGACAGAUCAAGCAAUCCCAGUGGAUCCAGCAAUCCCAAUAGACUCAGAGCAAAAGAUGAAGAAGAAAAUAAAGCAAAGGGAGACUGUGGUGGUGGGGGAAGAAGAGCCUAAUCAUAAUAAAUGUGAUACAGAGCAGCCAAAAGUGACAAUUCAGAAAUCUACAUUUAUAGAAGCACCCCCAAUAGAUCCAACAAUUAAAAUGGACCAUUGCCUUGCAGUCCCAAUGUGCCCAACAAACUCAACAGACAUAAAACAAGAGAUCUCAAAGAAAAAUAGGAAGAAGAAAAGGAAAGGAGGAAUGAGGGCAGAAAAGAAAAAAGAGACGGAACCGAGUGAAGCACAUGUACAACAUCCUCAACCUUCUAUCCAUGAACCUGCUGUCCGAGGAAUAAAUGAAAAAUGUCCUGCACCUGAUCCAGCACCCCUGGCGGGCCCACACCCAAAAAAGAAGAGGAGGAAAAGGAAGAGUGUGCUUAAUCUCCCACGGGUUGAGCUACAACUAGAACCAGAACCAAAGGAGUCCAAUAAUAUAGAGCACCCUCAAGAAUGCACCUCCUCUUCAGAACUAAAAGUUACGGUGAAAAUAGGCACAGAAACCAAUGCAGACCACUCUCAAGUGUGCCCUAAACCUGAAUUGGCUCCCCCAUUAGACAUAGCAAAUCCUAAUGACACAGUGGUGGAAAAAAGGGCAGAACCAUCUAAAGCUAAUGUGGAGGGACCUCAAGCGUGUUCUAAACUUAAAUUAGCAUCCCUGAUAGAUCUUCCAGCCCCAACAGGCCCAGAAAAGGAACAAGAGACAUAUCCUUUCAAAAUCCCAGAAGAACAUACUCAACUCCCCAAACCUCAACUUUGUGCAGAGCCUCCAAGUGAUUUGACAACCCCAAAUGAUCAGAGCAGAAGAAAACAGAAAAAUAAGAGGGUAAUAGAAAAAAUAAUGUGCUCAGAGGAGAAGGAGGUGAACUAUGGAAGCCCAUUGCAUAUGGACAUAACCCUCAACGUGGCCCCAGACCUAGUCCAACAAGACCCAACAACCCCAUUAAGCUUACAACCAGCAUCCUUAAUAGACCAAACAAUCGUGGUGGAUCCAGCAAUCCCAACAGACGCAGAACAAAAGAUGAAGAGGAAAAUAAAGCAAAGGGAGACUGUGGUGGAGGGGGAAGAAGAGCCUAGUCAUAAUAAAUGUGAUACAGAGCAGCCAAAAGUCACAAUUCAGAACUCUACAUGCCUUAUAGAAGCACCCCCAAUAGACCCAGCAAUUAAAAUGAACCAUUGUCUUACUUUCCCAAUGUGCCCAACAAACUCAAAAGAUAUAGAACCGGAGAUCUCAAACACAAAUAGGAAGAAGAAAAGGAAGAGUGCACGCAAAAGUGAAGUGGCUGAAGCCAAUAAACAGAACAGUGAAGCGGCAGAACCCAAUGAACGCAAUGGCAAGCUCAAUGAAGUCCCAUCUGGGGCCUCAGCUCAACAAUUUGUAUACCCUAUAACAGUACCCUCAAAUGACCAAAUAAACUCAAUAGGCGCAGCUACCCUUAUAGACACAACAACCCCAAUAGACCAAGGUCAGGAGAUGACCAAGAAAAAGAGGAAGAAGAAGAGAAAUAGGAGAUCGCACAUAAAUGAAGGGGCUGAACCCAAUGAACCAGAUGACAAACAACCUGAAACCGCAGUCCAGGGAUUUGUAUAUCCUAUAGUAGCACCCUCAAUGGACUUAACAAUCUCAGCCCAACCUUUGCCAAUAGACACAGUAACCCCAAUAGACCAAGAUAAGAAGACGUGUAAGGAAAAGAGCAAGAGGAGUGCCCUUAUAAGCGAAGGGGCAGAGCUUAAUGAACAUGAUGGAAAACCAGCUGAAACCCCAGUUCAGCAAUCUAUAUAUCCUAUAGCAGCUCCCUCAAUAGAAUCAGCAAUUCCAACAGGCCAAGCUCCCCAAAUUGACCCUGCAACCCCAGUAGACCCAGAACAGAUGACCAAGAGGAAGAGAAGUAACAGUGCAUUGAAAAACGAGUUUUUAGAAUCUUUGAAACACAAUACUGAUCCAACUGCAGAAACCCCAGUUCAUGAAACUAAAAGAACCAAAACUAAAAAAUUUAUGGGCAGAUGCAAUGCUGAUCUAGCUGCUAAAGCCCCGGUUCAGAGAACUGAGUCUCUCAAAGUCACUAGAUCUUCUUUUAAACGUCGUGGUGAAAGUUCCAUGGGCAAAUGCAAUGCUCAACUAGCUGCUGAAACCCCGGUUGGGAGAGUCACUAGAUCUGUUUCUAAACGUCAUAGUGAAAGGGGGGAAGAAGGUUUGCUAAGUGCUUACUCUGUCAUGAGCACGGACACUUCAGCUAUAACUGCCCUCAAAGUGAGACACUACCGCUCUAAUCCCUCAAAAUGGUCACAGAAAUUAUCCAAAGCAUCAAUGGAAACUAAAGGACAGCCUCUUCCCGAACGUAGGAUGGUCUUCCGGAUGACCCCAAGUGCUCCCGCUCAGGGAACUCGGUUCUCGGUUCCUAUGCCAUAA